AUGGAUAAGUCGUGGAUUUGGCUUCCAAGGAAUAGCCACGAGUAUUCAGAAGGAGCAACUAAUUUUGUGAAUUCGUCCGCAAAAAGAUUGGGAAGUCUGUCUGAAAUGCUAUGCCCUUGUAGAGACUGCCGCAAUCUGAGCCAUCAGUCACUGGAUAAAAUUGUGGAGCAUUUGGUGAUUAGGGGUAUGGAUAAGAAGUAUAAGAGUUCUCGUUGGAGUAUUCAUGGAGAAAAAAGAGAUUCUGCAGAAGACAGUGUUCUUCAAUAUGAAACAGAGGCGUUUGAUUUGUUUAAGACAAUAUUCUCCAUGGACGAAGGUGGUCCAAACCCGACAACUGACAACGAAGACGAUGAAGCACCAGAGGAAAUUGAGUUUAAGAAAAAGCUCAGAGACGCUCAAACGCCAUUAUACUCGGAUUGUCUCAAGCACACAAAGGUUUCAGCUAUCAUGGGACUUUACAGAUUCAAGGUUAAAAGUGGUGUGUCGGAGAACUACUUUGAUCAGCUGUUGGUUUUACUUGAGGAUUUGCUACCUGAAGACAAUGUUCUUCCCAAGAGUUUAGCUGCAAUCAAGAAAUUUCUGAAGAUCUUUGGGUUCGGCUACGACAGUAUUCAUGCUUGCAAGAAUGAUUGCAUAUUGUAUAGGAAGGAGUAUGAGAACCUAGAAAGCUGUCCAAGAUGCAAAGUUUCAAGAUGGGAAAUGGAUAAGCACAGUAAUGAGUUAAAGGUGGGGAUUCCGGCAAAGGUCCUUAGAUAUUUUCCAAUCAAGGACAGGUUUAGGAGGAUGUUUAGAUCACAAAGGAUGGCUGAAGAUCUGCGUUGGCACUAUACCAAUGCCACUGAAGAUGGUACAAUGCGGCACCCUGUUGAUUCUAUCUCUUGGGCACAAGUGAAUGCUAAAUGGCCAGACUUUGCUGCUGAUCCACGGAAUCUUCGACUUGGGAUUUCUACAGAUGGGAUGAACCCUUUCUCCAUGCAAAGCACCAAUCACAGCACAUGGCCAGUGUUGUUAGUGAACUAUAACACGCCUCCAACCAUGUGUAUGAAGGCUGAGAAUAUAAUGCUGACUUUGUUGAUCCCUGGUCCUACUGCUCCUGGUAACAACAUUGAUGUUUACCUAGCACCACUGAUAGACGAUCUAAAGGAUUUGUGGGCUGAGGGUAUUGAAGUUGACUAUCCAGCCUUAGGAACACUGUCUGGAUGUAAAGUAAAGGGGAAACAAGCCUGCAAUGUAUGUGGAAAGGAUACACCUGCAAGGUGGCUUAAGUUUAGCCGCAAACCUCUAGAGAAGGAAAAAAAAUGGAAAAGACUAGAGUUGGAAGAUGAUGAGAGGUUACAAGAAGAAGAGUGUGAAGAAUCAAAUGAACUAUGGCGGUGGAAGAAGAGAUCAAUAUUCUUUGAUCUACCUUACUGGAAGGAGUUGCCUGUUCGUCACAAUAUUGAUGUUAUGCACGUAGAAAAGAAUGUGUCCGAUGCUAUAUUGUCUCUGUUGAUGCAAAGUGCGAAGUCAAAAGAUGGGUUGAAAGCAAGAAAAGACUUAGAAGAUAUUGGAAUCAGAAAGCACUUGCACACAGAGGUGAGGGGAAAGAAAACAUACUUACCUCCUGCUGCCUACUGGUUAUCGAAGAGAGAGAAGACCAUUUUCUGCCAAAGGUUAGCUAAGUUUAGAGGCCCUGAUGGUUAUUGUGGUAAUAUUGCGAAUAGUGUUUCAGUUAACCCUCCAAAUAUUGGUAGUUUAAAGUCGCAUGAUCAUCAUGUCUUAGUACAGAACUUGUUACCAGCUGCAUUAAGAGGGUUGUUACAUAGGGGUCCUAGGAUAGCCAUAAAUAGAUUAUGCAGUUACUUCAACAGGUUGUGUCAGCGCAUCAUUGACCCAGAGAAACUUAUAUCCAUGGAGACAGAGUUUGUGGAGACAAUGUGUCAGCUGGAGCGCUUCUUCCCUCCAGCCCUUUUUGAUAUCAUGUUUCACCUUCCACUACAUUUAUCAAGAGAGGCACGGUUGGGAGGACCAGUUCACUUCCGAUGGAUGUAUCCCUUCGAAAGGUACAUGAAAACACUAAAGGCUUUUGUUAAGAAUUAUGCAAGGCCAGAAGCAUGUAUGGCUGAGGCGUAUUUAGCUGGAGAAUGUGUUGCAUUUUGUUUAGAGUUCCUUAAAGAAUCAGUAUCAGUUCAAGAAGCAGUUAAUCGUAAUGAAGAUGUUGAGGCUGAUAGAAUGGUGGUUGAAGGCCGACCUCUGCAGAAGGGUAUAGAGAUUCAUUUAGACUCAAAAGAUAGUCAUUCUAAGGAGAUAAGGUGGUUGGCAUUUGGACCAAGAAAUGUUGCUUUAGCACAUAAAGGAUUCAUCAUCAAUGGCCAACGGUUUCAUACUGAUGCGGUCAAGCUGAAGACACAAAACAGUGGAGUAACUUAUGAAGCCUUUAGCAUGUGUAGAUCAAGUGCAAGAGAUAUGAGACAGGUCGCGGAUAUGAUUACAUACUAUGGAGUGAUAAAGGAGAUUUUGGUCAUCGACUAUCACAUGUUCAAAGUGCCACUCUUUAGAUGCAACUGGGCAAACACAGCGAAUGGUGUGAAGGAAGAAGAUGGCUUCACUCUUGUUAACCUUCAUAUGAACCAAGCAGCCUAUUUGAAAGAUCCAUUCAUUCUACCUUCUCAAGCGAAACAGGUUUUCUACUCUAGGGAGGAUGAUGCUUCAAAUUGGUAUGUUGUUAUGAGAGCACCACCUAGAGGUUAUCAUGAGUUGGAAACAGAAGAGGAUUUAGGUGGUGCUCCUUUACCUGUCCAAGAAGUUGAUGAUAUGGGUGAUGAUAUGGAUGAUGAUAGUGUAUAUGUUAGGGAUGAUUGUGAAGGUUUAUUAGUGGUAGAUUGA